AUGUCCUAUCAUCAACGAAAACAAGCGCCGAUAGUGCGUGUGUGUAUGUGUCGAGACAAGGAGGGCCGCCGUUUUCUCCAUCCGCCUCCCCUCCUCUCCGCCAUCGCCAUCGCCCACCGCCGCAACACACGAGCCUGCGAUAGCGCCCCCUUCGACACUCUGGGCCUCUUCGACAUCGCUAGGCGAAGCCGCAAGUCGCGCGACAUCUUCACCAGAGCCACUGUCGACUCCUCUGUGGACGGAGUCUGCCCUCUCUGGAUCCGGCCUGCGUCAUUUGCGCACGACUCCCGACCGCCCUUUUCUCCUCCUGCCCUUGGCCCUUCCUCCCGCAAAGCGCAUUCUGAGCCACCUUCGUCUCCCCCGUCGGGAGACGCCAGCGCCGAGGACGCCCUCGCCUGGUACAAGUCACAGUAUGAGCAACUAGAGCACGAGCUGUCAGAGUUCAGAGAGUCGAGCAAGGAACUGGAAGCGGAGCUCGAGAAGGACUUGGAUGCGGCGGACAAGCGAGAAAGAGGGCUGCGCGAAAAGGCGGAAGGGCUUGACUACGAGGUCGAGGAGUGGAAGCGCAAAUACAAAGAGUCUAAAGCCGAGGCGAACGCCGCCCAAAACACGCUCGAGAAGGAGAUCACGACGCUUCGCGACGCAAAUAGGACACUUCAGCUGAAGCUGCGCGACAUAGAAGUGGCCAACGAUGACUUUGAGCGACAAGCGCGCAACACCACCUCGUCGCUGGAGGACCUGGAAUCCAAGUAUAAUGUUGCCAUCGAGCGGGCUGUUAUGAUGGAGGAAGAGAUCAAGAUCGGCGAGCGCGAAAGAGAGACCCUGCGUGUCGAGGCACAGCGCCUACGUGAAGAACUCUCCGAGCUCAAGAUCGAGGCAGAGAUUAUGCAGGACAAGAUCAAGAAACAAGAGGCUCGCCACUUGUCGACCAUCUCGACCGACAUCUCUAUCCCCGAAUCGCCAACCUUCGACCACUCUCCGAACUCGACGGCGAGCUCGCCGCUCAUUACAACCCCUCCGGAUACCAAGUCGCUGUCUACGGCAGAGACGCUCUCGGAGCUGCAGGAUCCUCCCUCACCGCCCAUGUCGGACGUGUCGGCGACCCUGCCCAAGAUCUCGACAGCAAAGACACCGGCUCCAGUCCAGAAGAAAUCGCGACUACCAUCGGCGGAUCACAGCAUCACGCCCAAGCCUCGGGGUUUCAACACUUCUACGAGCACGAGACCGACACCCAGCACCCGCAACCUCACCACCUCCAGCACGACUCUCCGUACUCCGGCAUCGCGCACCUCGGCAGCCAAGACUGUCCGCUCGACCUCCCACAAGAUACCCGCUUCCAACUCUCUCUCACAUAUUCGCUCGCUCACUGCACAAAUGCAGCGCCUCGAGGCCAGAGUGCACUCGGCGCGCUCCAAGCUCCCGGGACCAGUCAACACCCCGCCGCGCGCCUCGCCCAGGUCUUCCGUCCUUGGUGGAGGCAAUGUGCCGUCUACUGUUACAAUCCGCUCUAGGAAACGGACUGUUGGCUCCACGGCAUCGAGCAUCGCCAACGACGACACCACACCAACCAGCCAUGCCUUUAACCAGAGCCAGUCGGGCAAGAGCCACGUGCCUCGUCUCUCCACCUCCGGUGUCAGCCGUCUAUCCUUUGGGCCGCUGCCCAACCGACACCCUGUCGACUCGGAUGCGUCUGCCUCUCGGCCCAGCUCGCGAGCUAGUAUCUCGUCGUACGCUAGACCGGCUAGCAGAACGGACAGCAGAGACAUGCCCCCACCUCGGCCCAUGUCGCGGACCUCGCUCGGCGGCGCUCGCACACCUAUGGGCAGACCUCGCAGUUCCCUGGGCGGGAGCAUGCACGGUCAUUCGGCCAGCAUCAGCGGGCUGCCUGAGGACGAGUCGUUUGAGGGAGAGUUCAGGACGCCGAGCCGGAGGGGCACGUAUUCCAAGUUUGACACCGAGGGCAGCGGCUCGGGCAUACCAGGUCCUAGCGGGAUCCCGAUGCCCAGCAGCCGGAGGCAGAGUGGCGGGCCUGGCGUGACUGGGAGGAGAUCGACCGGUGGGCUGCGCAGCACCGAGCGUUGA